CUUGCCCUUAAAAAGUCCAUUCCCCCCAAAUAGGCUGGACACAGCUUGAAAGGAGAGCGCAAAUCCUUCACUGCAGAAGAACGAAGAGGGGAAAGCUUUUUGGUAUAAGCAGCUGCAAUACAAUUCCAAUAGCAAUGGCGAAUGCGGAGGUAGAGGCGGUGGAUUUCGAGCCAGAGGAUGAUGAUCUGAUGGACGAGGACGUGGAUGCCUCCUCCUCUCCUAGGGCUACAAUCCCUAAGCUCAAAUCUGCCAUCACUGGCGGCUCUUCCUCCGCACCUAAGAAAACCAAAGGACGUGGAUUCCGUGAAGAAGCCGCUGAGGCUGACCGUAAUGCCCGUAUGUCUGCCCGCUUCGAUUCGCUCGAUUCUGACGGUGGUCCUGGUCCUGAACGAUCCAUUGAAGGAUGGAUUGUUUUAGUUACCGGGGUUAAUGAAGAGACACAAGAAGAUGAUCUUCAUAAUGAGUUUGGUGAGUUCGGAGAAAUCAAGAAUGUGCAUUUGAAUCUGGAUCGUCGGACUGGAUUUGUCAAGGGCUAUGCAUUGAUAGAAUAUGAGAAUUUUGAAGAAGCACAAAGAGCUAUAAACGAAAAGGAUGGAGCCGAGUUUCUCACUCAGACUAUACAUGUUGAUUGGGCGUUCAGCAGAGGUCCUUUCAAGAGGAGGAAUGCUAGGAGGAGAUCACCGCGUGGCCAUCGUUCUAGAAGUCCCAGGCGGAGAUUCUAACCUGUGUGCAUGCAUGAAGGGUCACGAAGCUGCUCUUUUUAGGGUUUUGUGACCAAGUUGUGAGAAUUAUGUGUAUGAUUAUUACUUUGCUGAGUCUAUUUUCUAUUUCCUUAAAUACCUGUGUGAAUGGUAAGCAGCAUGGCAUAUACUGGCCUUUAUGAUAUGUUUAGAUUCUUUUUUGUUCUUUUCAGAAUAUUCAACACUUACCGGUAGACAUCUAAGAUUAAUGCUUUUUCAUGCGAGAUUAAUGCUUUUUUCAUGCGA